UAAUCACUCAAUUCUUUGUUCAUACAUCAACACUUGUUCUAAUUCUUCAAAGCACUGUAUGUUUGAGCUUACAAAAUGACACAAUUUCAGCCGGUGUGGUGAUCAAAGAUGGAGAAACCAUGGUAUCAGCAAAGCAGAACUACAUAUUGAGAUUCUUCUCUCCUCCAAACACCACCAACCGCUACGUAGGAAUCUCCUUCUCCUUGUCGGAAGAAACCGUGAUUUGGGUCGCCAACAGAGACACACCCCUUAAAGAUUCUUCCGGCGCCGCUACUCUGUCUAAAGGCGGCAAUCUCGUCGUCUUGGACGGGACUAAUCGAACUGUUUGGUCGACCAAUCUCACCACUACCUCUCCCGUCAUUAAUUCAAUCGUCCAAAUCCUGGAUACUGGGAAUCUCGUCUUGCGGGAAGAGGACUCUGGAGACACGUUGUGGGAGUCUUUCUCACAUCCUACGGAUGCUAUGGUUCAGGGAAUGAGGAUAAGCCAGAACGUAAACACCGGGAAACAGGUGCUGCUGACGGCAUGGAAAAACGAGACCGACCCGGGGAUGGGGAGCUUUACAGGGGGCAUCGACGCCAUGAGCGGGACCGUGCAGCUUUUCUCGUGGAAUGACGGGCGGCCGCACUGGAGGAGCGGACCGUGGAACGGGCAGAUAUUUCUUGGGAUAAAGGACGUGUUCUACGCCUACUUAGAUGCGAUCGCUCAAGUGAAUAGUGAUGGUGCUGGCAAUAUCUUCUUCUCUCCUCCGCCGAUUGAUGGGAUUGUCAUAUGGAAUUCUUCACGAAGUGUGAUACGAAAGGUGUGGAAUAAAAUGGAGAAGAGAUGGGACGUGGUGGCCUAUCCGAAAAACGAGUGUGAUGUUUAUGGCAAGUGUGGGGUGUUUGGUAGCUGCAAUGCUCGCCUAUUUGUAGAUGUUUGAGAGGGUUUGAACCUGUAAAUGAGGAAGAAUGGGGGAGAGGGAAUUGGACUAGUGGUUGCAGGAGGAGGAACCAGUUGCGAUGUGGAGACGAUGGAUUUGAGAGGGUGCAGUAUAUGAAGGUUCCGGACUUUGCUAAACCCUCGUCUUCCAGUGUUCAAGACGAGUGUGCGGCCUUAUGUCGGGGGAACUGCUCCUGCAUAGCUUAUGCUUAUGAUAGUUACAUUGGUUGUAUGUUUUGGAGUGAUACCUUGAUUGACACUCAGGAGUUCGAUGGUGUUGGUGUUGACCUCUACGUUCGUCUCUCUGCUUCUGAAUUCGAUAGCCACAAGGAGAGAAAGUUGUACAUCAUAAUUGGAGUUGCUGUGGG